UUCCCCUUAGCUGCUUCCUGCGACCUCUCCCUCUCUCUUCCGUCGUCUCUUGUGUUCUCUCGCUCUAGAAUCUCGAAGAGCAGCCAUUAACCCGUUAGAAGAAUACGCUCCUCUUUGCUCUUUCUUCCACCAAACCAGGUUCGCUUUGAUCUAAACGAUGCCCUGAACGCCCCUCUCAAUCUCGCUCUCCUUUUGUUCAGUUAAAGGAAGGGUAUUCGACGUUUUUGGCGCGUAAGUUAACCUAGUGGGGAAAUGGCUGAUAUUGUUGAUGAAGAGUCUCAUACCCGAUCAGUGGAGGAGAAUUUGAAUGGAGAGCGAAGCCAAUCGGGGGAAGCACUGGUGGAAUGGAGGUCAUCUGAUCAAGUGGAGAAUGGAACUACAUCAACGUCACCCCCUUACUGGGACACUGAUGACAAUGAUGAUGAUGGGCAAAAACCCUCUGAACUAUAUGGGAGACAUACAUGGAAGAUUGAUAAAUUCUCGGAGAUCAAUAAGAGGGAGCUCCGUAGCAGUGCUUUUGUAGUUGGUGGCUUCAAAUGGUAUAUUUUGAUUUAUCCCCAGGGCUGCGAUGUUUGUAACCAUCUUUCUUUGUUUCUUUGUGUUGCAAACCAUGAUAAACUUCUUCCAGGUUGGAGUCAUUUUGCACAGUUUACAAUAGCUGUGGUGAAUAAAGAUCCAAAAAAAUCGAAAUACUCAGAUACUUUGCAUCGAUUCUGGAAGAAAGAGCAUGAUUGGGGAUGGAAAAAAUUUAUGGAGUUACCUAAAUUGCAGGAUGGGUUCAUAGAUGAUUCUGACUCGCUUAUAAUAAAGGCUCAAGUUCAGGUCAUCAGAGAGAGAGUGGACCGACCAUUUCGCUGCCUUGAUUGUCAGUAUAGGAGAGAACUUGUUAGGGUGUAUUUGACAAAUGUAGAGCAAAUUUGUCGGCGAUUUGUGGAGGAGAGAAGAAGCAAGCUGGGGAGGUUGAUAGAGGACAAAGCCAGAUGGGCGAGCUUCUGUGCCUUCUGGUUAGGGAUGGAUCAAAAUUCCAGACGCCGCAUGUCGAGGGAGAAAAUGGACGUGAUUCUAAAAGUAGUCGUAAAACACUUCUUCAUAGAGAAGGAAGUCACAUCCACUUUGGUGAUGGAUUCCUUGUAUAGUGGGUUGAAGGCUCUUGAAGGCCAAACCAAGAACAAGAAAAGGAGGCUGAGACUGUUGGAUGCUGAAGAAUCACCAGCUCCAAUUGUUAGUCUGGACAAAGAUAUGUUUGUAUUAAUUGAUGAUGUGCUGUUACUACUAGAAAGGGCUGCCCUGGAGCCAUUGCCCCCAAAAGAUGAAAAGGGUCCUCAAAAUCGUACCAAGGAGGGCAAUGCUGGAGAGGAGUUCAAUAAGGAAGCCAUUGAACGUGAUGAGAGGCGUUUAACUGAAUUGGGAAGACGAACUGUUGAAAUAUUUGUUCUUGCCCAUAUAUUCAGUAACAAAAUUGAAGUUGCAUACCAAGAAGCCAUUGCAUUGAAAAGGCAGGAAGAACUUAUCCGUGAAGAAGAGGAAGCGUGGUUGGCAGAAAGUGAACAGAGGGCUAAAAGAGGGGUCGAGAAAGAGAAGAAAUCAAAGAAGAAACAGGCGAAACAAAAAAAGAACAAAAACAAAGGGAAGGAGAAAAGAAGGGAGGAAAAGGUGAGUUCCCCGAUAGAUGACAAGGAAAGCGACGAUAAAAAGAACUCUGUGGUGAAAGGGAAAGGACAGUACAGCGUGGAAAAAUCCGAUACUCUUGGAGAUGUUUCGGACAUAUCUGAUUCUGUGGAUGAUUCGGCUGACAUUCUUCAGCCCGAUUCUGAAGAUAGAGAUGGUAGCCCUGUUCAUUGGGAUACAGACACUUCCGAGAUUCAUCCUACUCCCACAGGAGGCAGUAGUAACGGAAGAAGAAGCAGUUCCAUAUCUAUAGGGAAUGGAGUUAAAAGAGAGAAUCAGUCUGUGAUGGAUGAUAGUUCGUCGACGUGUUCUAAUGACUCGAUUCGAUCAGGGGUAGCCAACGGGUCCUACAAAGGAAAUAUCUUAAAUCAUCGUUACCAUAAGUCUCCGAGCAAAGAAAAGAACCAACCAGGCAACGUGAUAUCUGAUGCCAGUACUUUGGUGAGUGAAACAGAAUAUCAACCUUCAAAACAUGAAACAACCCCAAAGAAUCAGAACCGUACUUCCGAGCAAGGUAAGGCUGGUGAACACGAAGCCGAUGCAGUUGUCUCCUACAUUCAGGAACCAGAGAGUUCUGGGGAGAGUAGUCCUGUUAAUAAGGAGCGAAAUGUGCAGAUGAAACAAAAAGUCGUGCACUCAGUUGAUAUGGACCGGCCUAAAGAGAAAAGCGCAGCCGUGCUAUCGUCUCCAAGAAUUUCUCCGAGGAAUCCUACAUCUAUAGUGCAGGUGAAACCCGAUAAAAAGGGCAUUACAAAUGUAGAGACUGUUCCGAUCAGGAAAGUAUUGUUAAAUGGACCGCCUUCAUCGGAUCAAGCAGCACUAACCCCGAGUCUUCAGAUGCGAACAGUGGGUCACAGGGCUGAGUUUCAGAAGGUUGCUGCUUCGAAACCUGCUGAAAAACCAACACCUUUUAUAUCGAGGCCUUCAAGUGCUCCUAUAAUACUUCCCCAGAUGCAAGCAAACCCUGUCGGCUCUGCGGUUCAAACUGCCACAUUCUGUACUCGUUCGGUUAGCUCAGCUGGCCGGUUGGGUCCUGACCUGUCGCCAAGUGGCCAACCCUACAUUCCUCAAUCCUAUAAAAGUGCCAUUGUGGGUUCAAGUUUCAACCACUCAAGCUCUCUGGCCGUGGGAGUGAACUCAUUGCCGCCUCACUCUCAGCCGCCUCCAGUCUCGGCCUCUUAUCAAUCAGGCUUUCCUUUCAGUCUCGGUUCUCAGGAUGACUCAGCAGGUGGGUUCUUAUGCACAGGAGGGAGUUCAAGUUCUCAUAGGAAUACACCCAUCAGCAUGAACCGUGACUCCCUCAAGGCUAACCUCAUAGGGAGGAGCAGGCCACUGGAACAGACACAGAACCUGGUGACGGACGAGUUUCCCCACCUCGACAUCAUCAACGACCUGCUCGAAGACGAAAAUGGCGGCUCGGGAAAUGCAUUCCAUGUGCCGUCACUGUUUAACAGUCAGUACAUGGAUCUCGGCCUCUCAGGUGAGUUAUUGUCAUCAUGCAUGUCGUCCAGGAAUUACAACGAUGAAGGGUUCGACCAGGGUGGUUAUGGCCAUUACGGCUCAUACAUUCACCAUGGCUCAGCCCCACCUUAUGUGAAUGGGCAUAUGGAUGGUUUGAUACCGACCCAGUGGCAAAUGGCGAACAUGGACCUGUCUUUACUUGCGAUGAGGAACCCAGAUGGAGCCGUGGCUUCUCCGUACUUGGGCUUGGAGAGAUCGAGCCAUGGUUUAUCGGCAAGCAUCAAUGGCUACACAGAGUUCAGGCCUUCAAACGGGCACUAGAGGCACAAUGGGGGAUUGUAAUCUUUUUAUAUUAAAAAAAACACAAACAUGAAAAACAUUUGUGUAAAAAGAGUUUCUUCUGCUCUUCUUUCGAAUGAAUCUUUCUAUCUUCGAUAUGAAAUUUCAUUUGAUUUUCAACUAAUUA